AUGGCUUGUUCCAAGGCUCAAACGCGGGACAUGCGUAUACGACGCAAGCAAGGCAUAUCUACAACGCUCGCCCGUGUUGCAGAGGAAAUCAUUGCUCAAUGGACUCUCUUCGCGUGGAAGGCAAUGGAACAAGGCUUAGCAGUGAACCAGUUCAAGGCAAGACCAUCAUGGAUGAAAGGGUUCAUGAAGCGGUUGGGACUUGCAAUCCGAGCGAAGACUCGCUCUGGCCAAGCGAACCUUGCUGAUGGAGAGAAAGCUCUUGCCGAGUUAAAGACGUCUACUCGGAAGGUCAUCAAGGACAAUCGCAUCGUCGAAGUAUUCAAUGCAGAUCAAACAGGAAUCAACUACGAAUACCUUCCAAAGCAAACGAUGGACAAAUAA